CCCCCACCUCUCGCUCUUUCGGCGCCGCCAUUUUGGAGCUCGAGCGGCCGCAGCAGGAGCGGCGCCGAGCAGCCAGUCCCGCCUCGGCGGCGAGGAGGAGACCCCAGCCGCCCGCCCCGGAAACCCCUCGCCGCAGAAAAAACAGCAACUAAAGCUAAACUGAUAUAAAUGGAAGCUGUUCUCAAAGCGGAGUGCUCUGCCUAUCCGGGACGCCAAAUGCCCCUCUGCCUGUGGCAAAGGUCUCAUUCUUGAAACAAGAUUUGCACAAGAGCUAAACCCUCCAAGGAAAAACUCCCAGGAGGGGGAACAAGGAUCCUCAGAUGUCUUCCCCAGAUCGGGGGAUCGGAAGGUGAUCAUUCCUUUUCCAAAGUUCUUCAAGAACAUUUUUAAGAAGCAAUGGAAUCAUCCAGCCAAUCCAAAAUUCUUCAUGCUUUGUCAAAAAAGCUCUGUGGCCUUCCCGCCACAACCAUGGCAAUCUUCCAAGUCCUGGCCAUUGACAAGCCUCUGUCUGCUCUUGAGGUAGGUGUGCAUCCUCACCAUGUUUUGGAAAUUUGAUCUGAAUACAACGUCGCAUGUUGACAAGCUGCUGGACAAGGAGGACGUGACUCUGUCCGAGUUGAUGGAUGAAGAUGAUAUCCUCCAGGAGUGCAAAGCGCAGAACCGCAAGCUGGUGGAUUUCCUGUGUCAGCAGCACUGUAUGGAGGAGCUGGUCAGCCUCAUCACUCAUGAGCCCCCACUGGACAUGGACGAGAAGGUUCGCUUCAAGUAUCCCAAUACGGCCUGUGAACUGCUAACCUCUGAUGUGCCACAGAUCAAUGACAAGCUCGGAGGGGAUGAAGCCUUGUUGAACAUCCUCUAUGAUUUUCUGGAUCAUGAGCCUCCCUUGAAUCCUUUGCUUGCCAGUUUCUUCAGCAAGACCAUCGGCAAUCUCAUAGCGAGGAAGACGGAGCAGGUGAUCUUAUUUUUGAGGAAGAAAGCCCAAUUUCUCGACUUGGUGCUGAAGCAUAUUGAUACAUCUGCCAUGAUGGAUCUUCUCCUGCGACUCAUAAGCUGUGUGGAGCCAGCUCAGCUGAGGCAGGAAGUGCUAAAUUGGCUGAAUGAAGCAAAGAUCGUUCAGAGGCUUGUGGAGCUGAUCCAUCCCAAUCAGGAUGAGGAUAGGCAGUCCAAUGCUUCCCAAACCUUGUGUGAUAUCAUAAGGCUCAGCAGAGACCAGAGCAGCCAGCUUCAGGAGGUGGCUGAGCCUGACCCACUCCUUGCAGCACUGGAGUCGCAGGAAUGUGUAGAGCAACUUCUGAAGAACAUGUUCGAUGGACAGCAGACGGAGAGCUGCAUUGUGAAUGGGACUCAGGCGCUGCUGACGCUACUUGAGCCGAGACGUGCUGGUGUGGAGGGGCUGGUUGACUCUUUCUCUCAGGGAUUUGAAAGGUCUUGCACUGUCAAUAGCAGCAUCUUGUGUGGUAUCGAGCCACGGCUGAAGGACUUCCACCAACUUCUUCUUCACCCCCCCAAGGUAGCAUCCAUUUUGACUACCAUUGGUGUCUUGGAAGAGCCGCUGGGGAAUGCCCGUCUUCAUGGAGCCCGCCUGAUAGCUGCCCUUCUCCACAGCAACACACCCAGUAUUAACCAGGAGCUGUGUCGACUUAACACAGUGGACUUGCUGCUGGAUUUGUUUUUUAAAUACACUUGGAAUAACUUUUUACAUUUCCAAGUGGAAUUGUGUAUAGCUGUUAUACUGGCACAUUCUGUGAAUGAAAGCAAAUUGGCCAUGAGCAAGAUGGAGAAUACAGAGGGGACAGACGGGAACGAAGCCUUGGAAAACUCAGAAGCACCAGAGAACAGCAGCCCCAAGAACAUCAUGGUGACUCACCUGUUCCAAAAGUGCUUCCUUGUGCAAAGGAUACUGGAUGCCUGGGAGACCAACGACAAAAUACAGGCAGAAGGUGGAAUGAGGCGAGGCUACAUGGGCCAUCUGACUCGGAUUGCCAAUGCUGUUGUGCAAAAUGUGGAGAAGGCCCCUGGGCAGACCCAGAUCAGCGACUUCAUGAAAGGGCUACCUGAGGAUUGCAGAGGGCGGUGGGAGAGCUUUGUGGAGGAGACGUUGAUGGAGGCAAACCGGAGGAAUACAGUAGACUUGGUGAGUACCCACCACCUGCACUCCUCCAGUGAGGACGAGGACGCAGAGAUGGCCUUCCCCAACGAGCUCUCUCUCCAGCAGGCGUUCUCGGAGUACCAGAUUCAGCAGAUGACGGCCAACUUUGUGGAUCAGUUUGGCUUCAACGAUGAAGAGUUCGCUGACCAGGAUGACAAUAUCAAUGCACCUUUUGACAGGAUUGCAGAGAUCAACUUCAACAUUGAUGCUGAUGAUGACAGUCCCAAUGCAUCCCUGUUUGAAGCCUGCUGCAGUGAAAGGAUCCAGCAGUUUGAUGAUAAUGAGGAAGAGGAAGACAUUUGGGAGGAGAAAGAAAUAAGCUACACAACCCAAGUCAAAUCCAGGACACGGUUUGGAGUGUCUCAUACCCCAGAGGGUCCAUCCGAAAGCGACCUAGAGAACGGGGGCCAGGAUGGCAGCACAGGCGCCGGGGAGGAAGAGGCCAAGGAGACAGCAGCAGCCCUGCCUUCUCCUCCUGCCCUGCACACAGAUGACGGAGGCAGCCUUCCAGAGGACAAAGGGACGGGCCCCUCUCCUGAAGGGCCUGAAUGGAUGGCUGCAUUUGAGCCAGCAAGCAUCAAGCCUCCAGCGUCAUGCGUGGCAGUGGAUGUCGGAUCCAGUGUGUGGGAUUCAGCUACCCCAGAUGCAAGGACUUCUGAAGAGAGAGGCUGGGCUAAGUUCACAGACUUCCAGCCUUUUUGCUGCUCUGAAGCAGGCCCCAGCUGCAGUUCUCCCAUGGACACAGAGAGCAGCAACUCAGAAGGAAACGCCAAGCACAGCCAAGACAAGAACGUUAGUACUGCCUCUCCUUGUGUGUGGAACGUCUGCGUGGCACGGAAAGCGCCUCUGGUGGCCUCAGACAGCAGCUCAUCUGGUGGCUCAGACAGUGAGGAAGAGGAGGAGAAAGUGGAUGUUGUCACGGAAACCAUCAGCACAGGUUCAGGCCAGGAAACAAUCAAGCUGACCAUGGAUGCGAAGAAUGAGAAGGCUCUGUUUACCAGAAUAAUAAGACCUGCCGCUGGAGGCAGCAGUGACUCUGUGGCUGUUGAUAAGUUGGCCAGCACCAUGGAGAGCGGCCCUGCCCAGCCCUUGAACAGCAGCCCUGCCCAGCCACACGACAGCCUUCCCCCGGGUACUUCUGUCACCGCCACCACUGUUGUCGCCCCAGAGGCCAAGAGAGACAGGAAAGAGGAUCCCCUGCCCGGAGCAGAGGCCACGUUGAACGGUCCAGCUUGACACACUGCGUGGCGCUGGAUGUGCCAGACCCAGGCUGGGCUGCCACUGUGGGGAUGCAGCUUGCCCUCCUCCAGACAACUUCAUUUAAUUUUGAGUAAUACACGCUGUGUUGCCAAGAGUACUGGCACUCAAGAAUAGAGGUGCCAUUUCAGGUUUGCCGCUCUGUUCUGGAAGGAGGCCCCUCCCUGCCUUGUUGAAAUGUAGCCCGGAUGAGAUGUCGCCUGACAGAAGCCUCCAGCCAGCCUUGAAUCUCUGUGAUCUCUGCCACCGCCGCCGCCGCCUUGGUCCUUUGGGGAGGGAGUCCUGUGCCCCCUCCUGUUCUGGCUUCCAGGAUUCAGCUUCUCUUCCAGGAGGCAGAAGACUGCCGCAUGGACAGUGCCCCAGGCGGCCUCGUGGGACUCAGGGUCUAGGUGGAACUGGGCCUGGACAUCCUUCUGUAUAGCAAUAAUGCCUUACUGGAAAUGUGUGCUGGUGAGAGGAGGCAGGCAGGAUGGGGCAGGAAGGCCCCUGGAAUCAGUGGCCUGAAGGCAGGAUCUUUUUGCCACAUUUUUCUUACUGUUUCAGGGAAGGAGGCCCCUUUGGGAGUCUCUGUUUAGUUUUGCCCUCUUUCCUCCCAACGCCAGCUACUGCCAGCCCUGUGGUUGGUGCUGCUGGUGCUUGGCUUUGGAGAAGAGUAGCCACCCCAAAGAAACAGCGGGCGCAGUGGCCAGGCAUCUCCAUAGGAUCAGACAGGCUCCUGGAGGGUUGUCUAUUUUUCCAGCCGCAAUGGGCUCUUCUUUUAGUUUAUUUUCUUUUGUAAUGUUCUUAAUGGAUGCAGGAACUGCAACACUUUGCACUUUGAAUCUAAUGCCAGCCUUGGAGGUUGGAAGAGGCGGCGGAUCCCAUCAGACUUGACUCUUGCUCGCAAUGCCCCAGAAAUCUCUGCAGGAGGGGAGGGCUUGGCCCAAGCUCAGCUGCAGAUGGCUGCUCUUGCCUGGGGGGCCUGUGUGUAUCCUUCCUUUCUCCUCCCCCUACCUUGGAGGAACCUGCCCCCCUCACUGUACCCUGGCUGUGCUGUGCAGGGGCCGGGGCGUAGGAGCUGCUUUUACCCCGGGGGCAGCAGAAGCCAGGAUCAGCUGCUAUCUGUAAAUCCUCAGUUGAUGCUUGCUGGUUGGAACAACAGCCGAGCUGGAAAAUCAGACACUUAGGAGUACCUGGGAUUGAAGCUUCUGCAGCUUCUCAGUUGGUUUGCGGGGGGGGGGGUGUCACUUAAAAGUCUAGCACAGCUGUUGCCUGAGUCUACCCCUGCCCCUGUUCUUGUUUGCUUUCCGAAGUACUUCCCUUAAAAUGUCAGACUGUGAUGCUCACUUAUUCCAGACAUUAAAUGUUUCCACUUACGCCUGAAUGUGGGGGAAGCAGUGGCCAAGGGCUCUAUCCUGCUGCUUGGGCCUCUAGUUUGGGGGCUGUGUAACUUCAGGGGAGCUGUGGCAUUUCUAAGCGGAAGGCUACACUCAUUGUUCUCUCUUUUGCUAGUUGUGAGGGCUUGAGCUUCAUGCUGCUGCUGCAUCAGGCCAGUAGCCUCUCUAGCUCAGCAGUCUGCUGCCUUGAGCGGUGGCCUUGCACUGGCAGCAACCGUCCAGCAAGCCUUGUACAAAAACACCCAGACUGAGGCUCCAUUGGCACACUUGUGCUCUUCUGGCCUGUCCCCUCUCAGAAGAGGCAUUGCGUCAUUGAAGAAGAGGGUGAAAAGGACAGCCCCACUGAUCAGGCUGUUGAAGCACCUUCCCUCUGAGGAAAGGCAACACCUUCUGGGGCUUCUUCGGGACUAAGGCUGGAUAGCAAAGAGAUUCUACAAGUGGGCAUGAUGUAGGGAAAGGAGGGAGAAGUUCUCUCUUUCUCCAUACCAAAAUUUGGGGUUAUGAGAUGAAAUUAUGAUUGGUUCAGAUUCAGGAUGGGCUAAAGGAAGCCCUCUGUCACACCAUCAAAGAAGAAUUUUGGGAUUCCCAGUCCCAAGAUUUGCUCAUUGUUAUUAGCAACUUUUAAAAGGAUUAGAUAAAUUCUUGGUGGCCACAGACAGCUCUGUCAGCUGUGCUAACUCAUUGGGACCUCCAGGCUCAGAGGUGCUUCUGGAAACCAUUUGCUGGGGGCAAGAAGGGGGAGGGCUGCUGGUGCAUUGCCACCACCUUCAUAUCCCAGCGUGUGAGCUUUGCAGAAGCAUCUGCCUGGCUGCUCUCCAGAUGCUGAUGCAAGGUGAGCCAGAUGUUCUUGGGGGCUGUGGCCUUCAGGUGACCUUAAGACUGCCAAGGUUGCAAUCCUACAUACACCAGGCACAGCCUCCAGGUGACGCUGGACUGUCAGCCCUAGCCAACAUGGCCAACAGUCAGGGAGGAUGGGAAUUGUAGUCCCUCAUCAUCUGGAAGGUGCCAAGUUGGCUAUCCAUGCUAUACAACCUUACUACCUGGGAGUAAGUCACAGACUUACUUCUGAGUAGGCAUGCAUAUGAUGGUGCUGUAAGUCCAGCAUAAGCCAAGGCCUGUCAGUGGAGCUCUACUCUAUCUCCUGUUCUAGAAUCGGAGAGGUAGAGAAAUACAAUACUGAUAAUUGCACAGCACAAAGGCUCACGAUAAACUCUUUGGGAAAGAGUGACAGCUCAGUGGUAGAGGAACCACUUUGCAGGCAGAAGGUCCCAGGUUCAAAUCACGCUGGCAUCUCCAGGUUGAGCUGGAAAUGUGCCAUGUUGGAAGCCCUGGAGUUGCACUGCAGGUUAGUGGGGAGAGUACUGAGCUAGGGAGACCCCAAGCCUGACCCAGGAUAUGGGCACCUUAUACCAAGUCCCAGAAGAAACUGCUUCAGCAGACAGACAGACGCCGUGGGACUGCAGCAAAUGGCAAGUGCUCUUUUCCCUUCUCUUGGGCGGAAGGAAGAGUCCUGCCUGGGGCACCCUAGAGGCUCAUCUUGCGCUGCCUUAGCCAGCCUUGGUUUCCCAUUAAAACCUUCAGGUGGUGUGAAAAGCCGCUGCCUGACUCAUUGAUUUACUGGAAUGCAAGUUAGCAGUGCAGGGUAAACUAUGUUCCCGCAGCUGUCUCUUUGGUGUGUCUAGGCGGUGGCAGGUGGUGAAGGCUUUCCCCUCCUCUCAGGAAAUGGGGGGCUGAGUCCGCUUGGAGGGCUGGGGCUCCUCAGCUGGCUAGCAGGCAGAGUUGUUUCAGCUCCCUGUGGGGGAGGUGCCAUCUCCUGCUUUGGAUGAGCUGGAAGGAAAAAGGCCCAGCCAACGACUGCCUCUAGAAAGACCCUCCCUUCUCCCUCUUGGCAGUAGAGGGUGUUUCCCCUCCCAUGGGGCAAGGAGGACAAUCUGGGUUUCAGAGAGAAGGGUCAAGGCCAUAGCGCUGCCAUCUGCGUUGGCCUUUGCCCCCCAAGGAGGUUCAGUGUACUUUGGCUAGGCAAUGCCACCCCAGCAGCGGCAGAGGCAGCAUAGACUUAGCCAUGGACCGACGGAGGCCAGUUUUCUGGGCUACUCGGGUAAGGAGGUAGCCCAAAGGGUGAAUCAGUCAAGCCCCAGCCUACCUGCUGCCAAAGUAGCUGAUCUUUCUCUGACUGCUCCUGCCUCUUCCCAUCCAGCCAGUGUAGCUCCCUUUCUUUGGGACAGUCCACAACGUAGGGACCUUCCUUUCUUAAAAGUACAUCUUGCCUUCUGCAUUCAGCACCCAAGGGAGUAGCAAAGGCCUUGCUCUUCUGCAGACUUCAUCCAAAAGUGCCCCUGGUGUACAGGCUCUGAAAAGAGCGACCUUUCUUGAGCUGGUGACCAGAUCCAAAGGGUCCCAGGCGUUGCAGUGCUCCUGUGCCCAUCCCUCUUCUUCAGUCCAGAACACCCCACCUUGCCUGAUCCCACCACUCCCACAGCUAGUGCUGGGCUUCAGAGCUUCUGCAGCAGCAGGACCCACAGCUACCAGUAUAAUGUGCUGUUCCCAGCUGUGUAUUGGGGGGGGGGUCUCCUGAGAGGGCUUGUACCCUAGGGCAAGAUGUUCUGUGGGAGAAAGUUCUGCUCAAAAGCGUAGGGGUGUACGUGUGUGUGGACUUCUCCCUGUGCUAGGAAUACCAUAGCAAAAGCUGGUGCAGGAUGGCUCUAGGGGGAGCCCUGGCCAAAUCCCGCUUCCUGUUGUUUGCAGCGGAUGAAAUGGUGGCCAAAGAAAGGCUUAACAGAGGUGAAGGUGUUUCCCUGGGGGGGGGGGGGGUUCUCCCAACUUCCUUAUGUAAGGGAGGCUUUAACACUUCUAGGUCUGACGACUGCAGCAAAACUUAUCCUUAGGAUGAUGCUCUGUCAUCUUAGUGCCCUUUCUGAAAUUCUUCAGCAGGCUCUCUCAGGCCAGAAGUUGGGUUCCAGGCAGUCCUCUUAGGAAGCUCUACUCCAUAUGGAGGCCCUGAAAGCCCUGGUAGUUGGCAGAGUGGUGGUCUCUGGAUAGCAAAGAGGCCUUGAGUGACAGUGGGCAGGAAAUUGUUCUCGGGAGGGUCAGAGCACCCCACUUGCUUAGCUGUGGCAUCAACUCUAUAUUAUCUUAGGCUAAGGGUUUGCUUCUAACCUCAGCAAAAGACAAAUAGCAAAAACUUGCUCAUUGGAGACACCUCAGUUUAGAGCCGCAUACCUUGCAGCUGCUGGGCAGAACAAAUGGGUGUGGCUUUAGGAUAUAGAGCCUAGCUACAUACGAAGAUCACUGCUGAUCCAACUAAUGGUCCAUCUAGUGCAGCAUUGUCGCUUCCCCUGAAGGGCAUUUGUUUUCCCUGGAACGGGCUCUGCUUCAUAUAACGUUUCUAUGGAUAUCUACGAGGCAAAACUUGCCUAAGGCUCCAUAGUGUGGUUAGGACAGAGGCCACCAAGCAUAGUCUCUGCCCGAGCUUCUCCUGUUGUGGCUCAAAUUCUGCAGUGUGCUUGUACACCAGUGGCCUUUGUGCAAGCCUUUGUCUCCAAAGAAGAGCCCUGCUGCAUUGGACCAGCAUGGUUUUAUCUAGUCCAGACUUCUCUUCCCCGGGGAGGGGGGGCAGGCAGCUGGUUCUAGGAAGACCACAGGUAAGGAAUGAAGUCAGUAGCAACUCUCCCAGCAAUUGCAAACCAGAGGCAUAAAGACCCUCUGCAAGGAGGUUUGAUCUAUGUACUGCAGCUCAUCAUAAUGGAGAGACAGGGUAGCCUCUGGAUUUGCUCCUUCAGCUGCUGCCUUUAGAGCAAUGGAUGGAGCAGGGAGUGGAGAAGAGAGGCCUCUCCAUUGGCCAGUGGUCAGGCACGGUGAUUUUUAGUCCAACACCAUCUAGUGGGCCAUUGCAGCUCCCCGCCCUCGACUUCCAGGGUAAGAGGAAUGGGAACUAGGGGUUUAUACUUGGGAAUGUUCAUCCUAGGGCAGGGUGUGAGCGCAUUGGCCUUGCCCUCAGUCCUGCACUUUCAUGGGUGGAGCUAGGCUUAAGUCUUGGGGAUGAUCCACCCCACUCAUCUGUUGUGUUAAGGAUAGCAAACAUUUUGUUGCUGCUGCGGUAGCAGCAUUGUUAAUUUAGGGGUGGCAAUUCCACCUCAGUCAGGGAGUGGGAAGGGAUUUUUGGUGUUUCUGCCACCUUUUCCCCCUAGAGGAGGGACAUCGCAGUGAUGAUGAAUGCUCUCGUGCCACAUUUGAGGCCAAAAAGUCAUGAUGCAUCGAUUAACCUUCAAUUUGAUUGGGCCCAACCUUUCUCUUUGAUGGAUACUUUUGGAAACAAAGAGGCACCUUCCCCCAGCUGGGUCCCCUCCCCCAAUCAGGGGUAGCUAAUAUGGCUCCUGAGCCAAGCCAGAUCAUCUGUGGUGCCUCAGAGGAGGGAUUCUCUUGCUACUAACAGGAAGGACCCUUGGGGGAAGGCCUAGCCUUUGGGGCUUGAACGGCUGCAGCAGUAACCAGUGGAGUGCUGGUAGCUUUGUCUGGUCAUUGAGCCAAGAACAAAACGAGGCCAGAAGCCUAAGCAUGGGCCCUAGGCCCUCCUGUCUCCUUUGUGAUGCAGCAUGCUUGCCUGGCUAUGGCACAGAAUAAUGUGAGCAUCUGUGUAUUUGGCAUAUAUGUGGGUGUAGACAGAGAGCAACUUGCAUUCUCCAUGAGGUGCAUGGCUGGUUUCCUGGAUGCCUCACAGGCCUAGCAUGGCACAGCUUGAAGACGAACAGCAACCACCAGAGGUGGCCACAGUCAUCUGAACAGACUUUGCUCUUUGCCUGCAGGCGGCUAGUUUACCAUUGAACUAACCCCCCUUUGUGAUCAUCUUCAAGCUCUCGUAUGUAUUAUAUCUGUAAAAAAGGAUGCCUCUUAGAAACAGUGUUGGCUCACAUGGCACGGUUGUGCAACAGGGCUGACCUUUCAGCUUUGGCUUCUACACUACCUGAUCCUUGCAGCAUUUCUUCUGCCAAAAAGACAUUUAAGUAGCUGAUGGAGUUGUAGUGUGUGGGUGCCAAUUGCUUUCGGUAACUUGGUUGCUAACUUGGACAUGCUGAGUUUAUGAGGUGCUUGAGGAUCCAGCCUUAUGUUAGAUGAUGGCCAGCAAAACCUUUGUCUGUGUUAAAUAUGACCAUUAUUGCACAGGCUGUUGGGGGCAAGUGCCCAUUUUUUCUUCUUCAGUGACAGCACACCUCCACUCCUAAGGCCAAGGAUGAAAAGCAAUUACUAGCCUUCCCCCAGCUGAGCGUAAAACUGUCUUCCAGUUGAAUAGUGGAGUAUCCAGCACAUUCCAGAUGUCCUUUCAGCAGACAUUCACACAUAGCGGAUUGAAGCCUGAAAAGAAGGUCAAAGGCUCUGAGCCAAGAGGCAGGCCAGUAGGAGGGCAACUCGUGGUGCAGGAGUAGAGGGCCACACAAAGGCAAACACUGUAGGAUUGGAUGGCCUUUAUAUGCUUGCCUUUAAAUAUGUGUAUCGCCUUGUAGUAAACCCCCCCCUCAAGUGCCAAGGCAACUUCUCAUCACAGGUCAGGAGGCAGAAGUCUCUUGCUUAGAGCCCAAUGGCACGUUUGCCUCAGUAUGGACUUGCUCCGAGGCAGUCUUUCCUGAGCAGAAAAGCCUUCGUGUUCCUUAUGGCCUAGCAAACUCCCUGUGGUUUCCUAUGAGAACUGUGUUUGCUUCUGUCACUUGUUUCUACUGUAUGACCCGCCUUUCUCAAGAGCGCUGCUCAGAUGGGUUGGCUCCUAAUUUCAGCUUCAAGUACAUGUGAGUUUGGGAGGUGGCUAACCAAUGGCAACAAGCACAGAUCCCACAAGGUGACUCAAAGGCUGUCCAGCCACCAACUGCGUAGCAUCCUCCCAACAGCGCAGCACAACUCUGUUGAGAAAGGAAAGCAGCUGGGCUGUUGGAGGUUGCAGAACUGUGGUUAUGUUACAGACAGCAGCUGGCACACCAUGCUUUAGCUAGAGGGGAAAGAACUUGCAUUUUCAGUGCUGCUCUGUGUGCCUGGACGUUCCUUCAGUCUGUUCCUGUAGCAAUGAUCUCCCCCUCAACUGCCAGAUCUAAACCCACAAUUUUUAAGGUCCUAAUCCACUUAUUUGCAGCUGGAGCUAUUAUGGCAGGUUCUGUUGCAACUUUUUACAAAAACAGUCUAUAAAACGAAAUGGCAUA